AUGGAAUUCUUAUCAAAUAUUAAAGAAAAAGAUGAACUUUUGGCUAUUUUGCACAUUGCUAUUGACAGAAUUUACAAAAAGGAGACUUCAAAGAAAUAUUCAAAAUAUUCAGAAGAACUCGAUUAUAUAUCAAAUGUUUACACUGAAUAUUGUUCUGAUAAAAUAACAAAAUCCGAACUUCUAGAAUACUUUCCAAUUGAAGAGGAUUUAAAGGAAUAUGUCGUCAAAGCGAUUGAAUUAAGAAAACCGAAAGUUUUUCAACAUCUCAUAGAUCUUCAUAAUUCUUCACAAAUUCCAUUAAUGAAAUUCUUAGAUUGGGACUUAAACUUUGUCUUGGGUAAUUCAUUACUUGCAUCAUUUCGUCAACAGUUUGCAACUUUAAUUUUUAAUUGUAUGAAAGGAAAAGAGACAGAAUUUAUUUCUGUGGAAAUUAAUCGUGAUAUGUUGAACAAAAUGAUUCAAGAACUUGAAUUAGUUAGCAAUUCUUAA